AUGAUGCGUGGUUUCAAACAAAAAUUGAUAAAGAAGACCUCGGGUUCCUCCUCCUCGAGUAGCAGCGGUAAUAAUAGCAGCAGCAAUAGCAAAAAGAAGGAAAGAGAAAAGAAUGAGAAGUCGUCGACAACUUCUACGGGGUCUACCGCAAAUUCCUCGUCUGGAUCAAGAAAAUCUUCAACUUCGAAGGAAUCAAGACAUACUGCCAAUAAAUCAACUUCAAGUUCUACUUCCACUGCCAAACAUCAUUCUCAAAAUGGUUCUUCGUCAUCCACUCCAUCAACAUCUUCAUCGUCCAAUUCUUCCUCUACCAAGACAGAAUCUAAAUCAAAGAGUGAUCAUGGCAAAAGUAACCAUUCUGCAACUUCAUCAACAGAAACUGUAAAGGACAAUACCCAAGCAAAAUCAUCCAAUCAUCAUUCCUCUCAUCCAAAUACAGAGUUACAAACACCAACAGUGACGAUAACAACAAAUGCAACUAAUACCACUCCAAUUCCUAAACCACAUCCGACUUUGUUGGCUGCUGCCUCCGCUAUAGCACCAUCUUCCCCAACAUCAAACAAUACACAACCAACUGCAACAUCACCGGGAAUAGAUAUCCCUAGAUCUUCUCAUUCCUUUGAAAGAUUACCCACUCCAACAAAAUUAAAUGCAGACUCGGAUUUGGAAUUAGUAAAGACUCCCCAACGUCAUUCAUCUUCCAGAUUUGAACCUUCAAGAUAUACACAAUUGACAAAAUUACCAAAUUUCGAUGAAGUAUCACCAGAGGAAAGAAUUGCCCUUUUCAUUGCUAAAGUAGAUCAAUGUAAUACCAUGUUUGAUUUCAAUGAUCCAAGUUUUGACAUUCAAGGAAAGGAAAUUAAAAGAAUUACAUUACAAGAAUUAAUCGAAUUCAUUGUCACAAAUAGAUUCCAAUACAGUAAUGAAAUGUAUUCUCAUGUAGUGACCAUGUUCAAGAUCAAUUUAUUUAGACCCAUUCCACCACCGGUAAACCCUAUUGGUGAUAUCUAUGAUCCUGAUGAAGAUGAACCUGUUAAUGAAUUGGCUUGGCCUCACAUGCAAUUAAUUUACGAAUUCUUUUUAAGAUUUGUGGAAUCCCCUGAUUUUAAUCAUCAAAUUGCCAAACAAUACAUUGAUCAAAAUUUCAUCUUGAAAUUGUUAGAAUUAUUUGAUAGUGAAGACAUCAGAGAACGUGAUUGCUUGAAGACUACUCUUCAUCGUAUCUACGGGAAAUUUUUAAGCUUAAGAAGUUUUAUUCGUCGUUCCAUAAAUAAUAUUUUCCUACAAUUCACUUACGAAACGGAAAGAUUCAACGGUAUUGCAGAAUUAUUAGAAAUUCUGGGAUCUAUCAUUAACGGGUUUGCAUUACCAUUAAAGGAAGAACAUAAAGUCUUCUUAGUUAGAAUCUUAAUCCCAUUACAUAAAGUUCGCUGUCUUUCAUUAUAUCAUCCACAAUUAGCUUAUUGCAUAGUGCAAUUCUUAGAAAAGGAACCAUUAUUAACUGAAGAAGUGGUGAUGGGUCUCUUACGUUAUUGGCCAAAGAUUAAUUCUACCAAGGAGAUCAUGUUCUUGAACGAAAUUGAAGAUAUAUUUGAAGUCAUUGAACCAUUGGAAUUUAUUAAAGUGGAAGUCCCAUUAUUUGUUCAAUUGGCUAAAUGUAUUUCAUCAUCACAUUUCCAAGUCGCUGAAAAAGUAUUAAGUUAUUGGAAUAAUGAAUAUUUCUUAAACCUUUGCAUAGAAAACGCUGAAGUCAUAUUACCAAUCAUUUUCCCAGCAUUAUACGAGUUAACUUCGCAAUUAGAAUUGGAAUCGAAUAAUAAUAGUAAUUCUGAUUUGAAUGGUGGAAUGUUAAAUAGUAACCCUGGUAUGGGUGGUUCAGGUAAUGCGGAUGUCGAUAAUCUAAAUGGGCUUUGUGAUCCAUACAUGUUAGUGGAACAAGCUAUAAAUUCUGGUUCAUGGAAUAGAGCCAUUCAUGCAAUGGCAUUUAAGGCAUUGAAGAUUUUCUUAGAAACAAAUCCUGUAUUAUAUGAAAAUUGUAACGCAUUAUACCUAUCGAGUGUUAAAGAGACAGAAAAGAGGAAAAUACAAAGAGAGGAAAAUUGGAAAAAAUUGGAAGAAUAUGUGGAUAAUUUAAAAAUUAGUGACUAUAAUAAGAAAAGUGAAAAUGGAAAUGAAAAUAAUAAUGAUGAUAUGCAUGAUGAUUCGGAACACACAAACAAUGUUCAAUCCAAAGAGAAUACUGUUAGCAAUACCAUGGAUGAAAGCGGUCAUGCUAGUUUAAAAGAUCACGAUAUAUUUGAAGGAGCUGAAGAGGCAAUACCGGAGAGUGACAGUGAAGAUAAUGAUGACGAUGAUAAUACUAACGAUCUCACAGGUAGCAGUAAUGCUAUGAAUAUGGAUGCCGGUAAUGAUAUAGAGUUAUAA